UCGGGCAAGGACGCUAUACGAGGGUGUGUUCUUCAGCGUAGUCUCAUCUCUUUACUUUUUUAAUAAAAGCAUUCUUCGUUUCAAUGCUUUUUCUGAACACUUCGUCCUGCAUUUUUGGUUGCUUGAGAAAACGAAACGAUUCGGAAGAUGCAGAUGAACUAGCGGGAUUGUCAGAAGCAAAAGUAAAGAGCAUACCGCCAUCUACCGGGCAAAAGGUCAGGAAGUUUAAACAUGGCUUCCGCCCGUUCGGGCGAAAUAAACAUGGUAAACCACACAUGACUCAUAAAAAUAUUAAAGAGGGAAACAAUAGUAAAACACCUUUUAUUUCUGUGGAGAUGGCAGAAGCUAGACGUAAAAAGUUACAGGAAUUAGUGAAAAGAAAUGGUAACAGUACGUGUGCGGAAUGCUGUAAAAAAAAUCCAGAAUGGGGUUCCUACAAUAUUGGUGUUUUUAUUUGUACUUCCUGUGCUGGAUUUCACAGAAAUUUAGGUUCUCACAUCAGCAAAGUAAAAUCUAUUAUUUUAGACAAUUGGGAUGCAGAGCAAGUAAAUAUGAUGGAGGAGGUUGGAAACUUGAAGGCAAAGGCAAAAUAUGAAAUGCACAUGCCAGCAUGUUAUCGAAGGCCAUGCCCAACAGAUCCUGAUGUCUUAAAGGAACAAUUCGUUCGAGCCAAAUAUGAAAGAGAGGAAUUUAUAAAUGUUGAUCGACAAGUGUACACAUCAGGUUUUAUGGAAGGUUAUUUAUGGAAGAGAGGUAAAGAGGAUGGAAGGUUUCAACAAAGAAAAUUUGUCCUGAGUGAAUCAGAUGGAACAUUAAAGUAUUAUGUGAAAGAUUCUCAUAAAGAGCCCAAAGCAAAAAUUGAAAUUUCCAAAUUAAAUAUGACAUUUUGUCCAAAAAAAGUUGGCAAUCCCAAUGGAGCACAAUUAACUUAUGUCAGAGAUGGAUCUACAAGAAAUAUUUUUGUAUAUAGCUCAAGUGGUUCAGCUAUCGUAGAUUGGUACGUGGCAAUUCGUUCUGUAAAGCUCAAUAAACUACGUAUUGCAUAUCCUGGAACAAGUGAGCUCGAGUUAUCUCAAUUCCUAACAAGAGAUUUCUUGAAAGAAGGUUGGAUGUUUAAAACUGGUCCUAGGUCUAGUGAUGCUUAUAAAUGGCGGUGGUUCACGUUAGAUGAUCGUAAACUCAUGUAUCUUGAAGAUCCUUUGGACCCUUAUCCCAAAGGAGAAAUCUUUCUGGGGUAUCAUGCAGAUGGUUUUGCUGUUAAAAAAGGUGUUCCUCCUGGUAUGAAAGAACAAGGUUAUGGAUUUACAUUACGCACACGAGAUAGAAUUUUCUUAUUUGGUGUCCAAAAAGAUGAAGACAGGAUAGAAUGGAUGAAGGUGUUACAAAGUGUUAUUGAAAGGCCCCUGACACCUCAAGAUAAUUCUAUGGCAGCAAAUCUGGUUCGUAAAAGAAGCAAUUCGGCACUUCAUCUAUUGAAAGUGAUAUUUUUACAUUAUGCCUUCAGUCAUCUGUCUUCUGCUUGAUUGCAUGCUUACAUGAUUGAAAUUUUAAUCUAAUAUCCAGUAUCGAUAUUCAGAGUUUGCAACAUGGGAAUGUCACUGGAGAUAAUUUCAAGUAACAUUAUUGAAAGUAUUUUGUAUAUUUUUAAAGUAUUUUUCAUCAUUCAUCUAGUCUUUUCAUUAUCAUGUAAAGUUUGUUAUUUACAUUUUGAAAGAAGAUUAAAAACCAAUUGUGAAAGAUUUGUUUUAAUAUCAAUUGUAUAAUGCUAAUUUAUAUUACAAUUUGCUUGUGAAUUUCUUUGUAUCUUCAUCAUUUUUUCAUAUUGAGAUGCUUCAGAUGAUAUUUUAUUAAUAUAAUUUUUACCAAUGGACAAUAAGAUAUAUAUGCAUAUACAGAUACAGAGUGUUUUAAAACUUUCUUUCAUGAUUAUAAUAAUGCAUUUGUAUAUAUCAAUAUUUUGAUUUGUGUUUCUGAUGACAUUUUAAAAUCGUAUACCAUAUAAAUAAAACAAAUUAUGUAAAGUGACCAAUUUUCUUUAUUUUGAACCUGGAAUGUUUUAAAUAUCAUAGGAGACAUAUAAAACUGGCUAAGCAAAACUAUCUGCAAGAUCAGAUUAAGUUAUGUUGGAGUUUUAGGCAGUGAUAAUUCUUGGUAAAUGGGGCACUCUUCCUAAUUUCCAAAAUCAUAUAAAUUUUUAUUAAUUUUAUUUAAUAUCUACAUAAGCAGCUAAAGAACAAUUUUAUGAUAAAUUGAGUUAACAAUGUUAAUAAUUAUGGAAUACUAUUAAAAAAAAAUUCGUUUGAAUAUCUUUUGUGCAUAAAAAAAUUUGAUUUAAAUUUAACAAUUUUAAGUAAACUGGUAAAAAAAAUUUUUUUUUUUAAAUUUUUGAUAAUAAUAAGCAGUUUGUCAGAGUUGCUUACUGGUGAAUCAUUAAACCAACAGUAAAGAAAAGAAAAAGAAAAAGUCUGAGGAAUGGUGUUUUGAAAUUUAAAAGAUAAUUUUUAUUUCAAUGAGCUUCCAUAAAUGGUCCUUGUGAGUUAAAUGAAAGUACAGACUAAAUAUAAUGUGGAAAUCUUGUGAAAAGAAAUCAAAACCUUAAGAGCCCCCAAAGCUGUUCAGAAUUUAGAUUUAGACAGUUGCCUCUUUGGUAAUUUGGCCCUGCUACUUAGAUUACCAUUGAGAAUAAUGAUAAUGAGAAUAUUCUAAUUUAAAUUUUAUAUAUAUUUUAAUAAAAUUCUUCUUCUUCUUCAAAAAAAGUAAAUUUUACUCAUUGCAAAAACUAGCUUUUUGAAUUUUUUACAAUUGAAUUAAUCCUUUCAAAAAAUGUUUUGAUCUGGGUUCUUUUAUAUUCUGUUGAUGUGAAAAGUUUGUGUGUUUUGUUCAAAACCAAGUCUUUUUCUGUUUGAGACAAUGAAUCUAAAAUUGGGUUUUCCCAGUCUAAUCUGACUUUAAAAAAAUUUUAAUAACAAAAGAAAAAUAUUAAAGUAAAUUGUUGCAUUAUAAAGUUGCAUGUUUUCAUUUAUAUUAUCUAUAAAAAUUGCAAUUUUUAUUUCUGGAAAUUUUGAAGCUUCAAUAUAUUGAAAUCUCUUUUAAGGUUUGUAAUUGUCAUUUUUGUGUGUAUAUAUUGCAUGUUAGACUUGAAAAAUGGUUAAAAAGAUAUUAUCUGUGAUGAUGUGAGUGUUACCACAAAAGCACAAAUUUUUAUUUAUUAUUGAAUAUAAUAUUUUGUGAGCAAUAUACUUUUUUGAACAAUGAAUUCUUUCUUUUCCUUUAUUAUUAUAAAAAUCUAUUGUAGACAACAAUUUAAGGUUAUAAGUGUGAGAUAAUAAGUUAUAGAUUACAAUUUAAUAAUGUAAUUUAUACAAUCUGAUUUUUUUUUUAGGUAAAUAGUAAAUUUUUAAAAAAUUGUACUUAGUUUUGUUGUUUAGAACAAUUUUUUUAAAAAAAUUGUUACUCAAUUUUUUUUGUAUAGAUUGUUAAAAAUAUUAAAGGCACACAUAAUAAUAUAGCUUGUCAAUUCCCUAUUAGAUUUCAAAAAGAAAGAGAAAAGAAGUCUUUCUGAAUAAUUACAGUUAAAGUUAGCAAAUAUUUCCUCAAGAGCAGUAUGUAUAGUGUGGAUGUAUAUUUUUGUAGCUGAUGUUUAGAAAGAAACUAUCAAUGUUGUAAUUUUCAGCUGAAUGUUGAAGUGACUGUGACUAUAUUUGUAACAGAAAUGUCUUUUAACAAAAAGUUAUUUAAACCUUGAGAAGGAAUUUAUGUAAAAGUCUUUGCUAAGAAAACUGAAAUUCUGUAUUUCAAUGUAAAUAACAGUUCAUAUCUAAAGAUUACAUCUAUAUCAUCUAGUUGAAAUAAUGAUGUUAGUUAAAGUUUCUGAAAUACAUUGCUAGUUAAACUAACCUUCAGUGUACAGUAAUUGCUCUAUACUAAUACUGUAAUGAAAAGAAAAAGUUAUUGAAUGGUAUAUGAUUUCAAGAUGAACUAUUUCAAAUUUAUUAUCCUGAAAUAAGAUUUGAAAUUGAUUCUUCACUGCCAUAACUGGAAGAACUAUUUCUAUCAUACAUUUUCAAAUCAAUAAAUUUUCCUUUUUUCUGUGAAUGCUCUUUUCUUUACUAUUGAAAAAAAAUGAGUGAGCAUAUUAAUGCAUUUGUGUUUGAAGUUAUGCUUCUUUUGAUGAAUUUGAAUAAUUUAAGCAUUUCUUAUUAUUGAGUUAAUGAUUCGGGAUUAAUUACACUCACAUUUGAGUCCAAAAAGAAUAUAUAUAUAUAUAUAUGUCAACAUCAGUCUUUCCUGUUUUGUGAAUUAAAAUAAAAACAACUCCAUUGCCCUUAUUCAUCCUGGGCAUCCAAAUAUAAUUGAAUAAUCAUGCUGGAAACAGGAAUAAAGAUUGUGUCUUAUUGGCCGUUACUGGCCAUAAUACAAUCUCUCCUAUAGCAAGUGUAUCCCAUCAUGGAAGAAGAGGUAACUCAACCCCACUAUUUUAAUAUAUCUUCCAGGGAAAGGAGAACCAACUACCAUAUUGAAAGUUUCUCAUUUUCUUAUCUGGAGCCCCUUCUUCAGUAGGGGUAAACUAAAAGAAAGCACAAUUCAAAAUUAUCUAUAUUUCAGUUACUGAAUUUUUAAAAUUCUCAUUUUAAGAUUCUCAUUUAAACAUAUUUUUGCUGUAUCUAUACAUAAAGCAUCAAAUGAAAUUGCAUAUUGUACAUUUGAUAAUAUAUAUAUUGCACAUUUGAAUCUAAAAUUUGAAAUUAAUAUUAAAAUAAUUUGGUUUUGUAAAAUGUUUUAAUUUAUGAAAGAUAUAAAUAUUGUAUUCUGGCAGUGUAUUUAACUUCAUUUCUUUACAUUUAUUUGUUCAACACUUAGUAUCAUUGAGCCUAAAGAAAUAUAACUUCAAAGGAAAAAAAAAAAAAAAAAUGCUUUCAACAGUGAAAUUCUUAAUUGUGAUUAAGAACCAUUAGAAACCGAAGUUUUACUAUAUACAUUCCUAAGUUGUGAUUUUGUCUUUUUUUUUUUUUCAAUAUCCAAAUAAUACACUGAUUUUUUUUUGUUAUAUUUGUACACUCCAUAAUCUGAAGGAUGAAACAUAAAAAUGUGCCUAAAAUUCCUUAUGACUAAUGUCAAAGAAUUAAUGAUAAGCUAGGGAACAAGAUAUGAAAUGUGAUAACAAAAUGUAACUUAAAUUCUGUAAAUAACAUAUAGUCAGUAUUUAUUUUAGAUAUUUUAUUCACUUUUUCCAUCUUAAAUGUAUGGUAUUGAAUUACAGUAAUAAUUAUUAAUUGUGUAGUAAUUGCAUAGAAGCGUGAAAUUGAGAUGCAAUGAAUGUUUAGUCAUGAUUUUUAUAGGAUUUAAAUGAAAUCAUAUCUGAUUCCUACAUGCAUAUCCUUUACUUAGUGUAAAAGAAUAUUUUUAAUUAAUUUUUUUAAUGAAAUGUUUGUUAUACAUGUUAUAUGUCAUAUCAUAUACCUUUGAGCACAUAUCUUUAAAGGACAUAUGCUUUCACAAUUAAAAAUAGUGUUUACUUUUAACUCAUAUUUUUUGGUCAUUCUAUCUGGAACAUGUAUAAUAUUUUUAUUAUGCUAAAAUAUAUUGUAUUUCAUUUUGUAGUAUAUUGCAAAUUAUUGUAAUAAUUUAAAUAUUUUGUAAAUUACUGCAAAUAUAUCAGAUUUUAAAAAGUAAAAACAAAUUAUGAGUUAUUUAGCAUAUUAAUUAAAGACAGUUUGUUUUUAUAAAUUAUUGAAUUAUUUAUUAAUAAGUGUAUGUAAGUUUGGCCUUUCAUGAUCACUUUAGAUCAUGCCAUUGAAGUGCUCAAUGCUCUUUCUUUUCUUUCUUUUUUUCAUUUAUCAAUUUAAAUCAAUCAUUCACAUGCAUUCCACACCAAUCCUCCAGGAGAACACUUUUCUAGAGUUUACAGCAAGAGCCCCUCUCCUUAUUUACAUUCCCUAUUUAGUCAGUUCAUUAGCAUGAUGGAAAUUUAAAAAGGUUGAGUAUCCACACCAUACCAUUUUUAAUAAAUAUUUGCAUUGAUUAUUGAGUUUAGAAUACUCCAUUGACAUGGUUUGGAGUGAUUGUGCACCAACUUUAAUCUUUCCACAUAUUUAUAAAUGUCAUCCAUUAUAAAUUCAUGAAAACAUUUUGUAGUUGUUUCAACUAUCAUAAUUAAACCUUUUAAUUAUAGUUCCUUUAUCUCUCUUAUAUAACAUGAAAUAAAAGAAAAUAAGCACAUUUUUUUUUUUUUUUUUGAAAUAAGUGUACAUGAAAAAUAUCACUUAAUUCUUUUCAUAUUUUGCAAUUUGUAAAUAUGAGAUACCUGUAAUAUGUUUAAGGAAUAACUGCUUGAUUUUGGUGGUUUUAACAGCUAUUUAUUACUUGUGGCAUAUUCUCUAUUUUGCUAUUAGAAGAAUAUAUAGAAUUUUACUUGUAAAUUAAUAUUUUUGUUUAAGGUAUAUAUAUGGUGAUUUUAAUAUUGUUUCCAAAAUUAUUUCUUUCUUCAAGAAUAUAGUUUUUACAAAAUGCAUAUUUUUACUGCUACAAAACAUUUCAAUAAUAUAUUGUAUAGAAUGCAUGCUAGUGAUAAUUUUAUGAUGUUUAAGUUGACAAACAACAAGUUUUUAAAAGACAUAUUUUAAUUAAGAAUACUUAUAUUUAUAUGCAAUGUAUGUUCACCUUUUCUUUCAUAAAUAUACUGUGUAAACUUUUUAUGCAAUAUGUCAUAUUUUAUUCUUACAGCAAUAAUUGCCAUGCAGAAUUUUUACUAUUAACACAUUUUUAAGACAUUUAUUUAAAACCCCAUAUCAUCCAUUCAUUAUACAUUUUUUUGCUGCAUUCUAAUUUCAGCAACUGUAUAUGUUCUUCUUUUUAACUAAAAAUUUUUUUUGAUAUGAGAUAUAAAUAAGGUUGAUAAAGCCUUAUUUUAAUUCAUUCAGAAAUAUAUAAAUCUAUAUGAAAUAAUAAAUGUUUUAUUUGUCGUUAUUAAGUCAGAAUUUCUUGUUGCAUCACUUUUUCACAAUAUCAUCACAUGUUUAUUAUGAUAUUGAAUGUGUAAUAUUUUUCUAGGACCAAAAUGAUGCAUAUGUUACUUAGAGAAGUUCAUUUAGAAUAAAUGAACUUCAAGUUAUAAAAUUUUAAUAAAUGUUCAACAAGUAGGUUGGGCAUAGUUGCCUGUAAGGUGACAUUCCAAUGCAUACUAAAAUUAGUUUUUUUUUUUUUGCUAUAAAUUAUUGAAAUUUUAUUCAUAAAAUUGUUAAAUGCAGUCAGGAAUUCAAGAUGAUGAUAAACAAAAAGAAAAUAAUAGUCACAUUGCAAUGAAUAAUAAAGUAUUUUUUAGGCAUUGUUAGACUAUAGCAAGAACUUCAUGAAAUUGUUUUCCAAUUUAAAUAUAAACGUUUAACUUGCAAAAAGUCAAAUAAAUAUUUAAAAUUAAAUUUUAUUUAAAUAUAUUAAUUACUUUUAGGCUCAUUAUGAUCAUUUUAGGACAAUUAAAAUUAAAUUAUAAUGAAGCAUGAUGAUACGACAGUCUAUAUAUUAAAAAUUAUAGAACAAAGUAUUUCCGGUAAACUAUGCAUUGGUAUUUAUCUUAUUGUGAAAUAUCUGAAAUUGAUGUCGUUUUAGAUAUUUGAAAAAAAAUUUAUUGCUGAUCUUAUAUAUCUUUAUAAAUACAGUAAAUCCUUGAAUUAAAGAACCAAUUACCAUGAAAAAAUAUUCAUUAAACAGCAAAUUGGAAUAUGAAAGAUAUUUAAAAUGGAAUAGUCUGUUUGAAAUGUAUAGUUAAAAAAUACUUAAAUGUACAUAUAAAUUAUAUAAUAUAUAUAUAGUAACAACAACCAAAAAACUUAAUGCAUAUUAAAAAGUCUCAAACUUAUUAAAAGAAUGGGGAAAAAAUCAAAGAAAUUAAAUUAUGUAAAUCAAGGUUUACUGUGUAUGUAAUUUAGGUAUAAGAUCUGUCAAUCAUGCAAUUAACGAUUAGGCAUUUGUAAAAGCAUAUCACUAUAUAUCAUAUAAAUUUUAUUUUAGUCAUUUGUAGUAAUCUUGUAAAUUGCUCAUUUUUGUGUAUGUGUAUGAAGUAAUUUAUUACAUAUGCCACAGUUCUAGUUUUUAUAAUGUAUAAAAAUUUUCUCUGUACUUAGCAUAUCAGUUGUAUCUUU